AUGAGGCUCCACGUGGCGAGCUCACUCUUCGUCGAGGACGGCAUUGGCCAGAUCCUCGGCUGUCUCGAGCAGCAGUACGUGGAGGCGGGAGGCCAGUCAGAGCUCGUCGUGGUCUUCGACUGCGAUGGAGUUCGCGGCGUGUCGGCCUUUCAGCCGGAGGACGUGAAGGCCUACGAGGCGAAGAGACUGCAGGUGUUCCUGGCCAGGGAGCGCUUCAUGGCCGACAAGCUGGCUGGCAAGCACCAGGAGGAGAAGAAGGAGAUCUCUGGGGAGGCGGUGCACAUCAAGAUAUGGCAGUGCCCAAGCUGUGGAGCGAAGAACUUCGGCUUCAGGGAGAGUUGCAUGUACAAGGAUUGCAACCACAAGGCGCCCGAGACCACGCUGCAGCUGCAGAGGCUCCAGAAGCUGCAGGAGGUGAAGGUCCACUCGGACACGUCCUACAUGACCCUGGGGGAGCUGGACGCGGCGCUUCGCUCUCGCGGGCUAGUAAGCAUGGACGAGGAGUUCGACAGGUUGCAAAAGGAAGCAGCGGCAUACGCAUGGUCGGAGUGGGGGAUCGAUCUCGUGCUCUCCUCGGCGGAGUGCCACCCGAAGGAGAUGACGGAGAAGGAGAGCCCCGUGCAGGCCGACACCGAGGACUACCAGAGCCUGGACAGGACGUUCGCGGAAUGGCGUCGCGUGGCAGCUGGAGUAGGUGGAGUAAGCGUUCGUCAAUCGCAUGCUGUGCAGUUUGUCACGGACGUGGGGCAGAAGGACCUCAGGCCGAAUCCUGGGGAAGGUGGUGCCAAGCCGAUCGAUAGCGAUAGUGGCACGGGCUUGCCGUCGAUCCCGAGCUUCCCGCAGCUCGCGAUGCCAGAGGUGUUCGACAUCGCCGACGGCGACGACGAGGAGUGGGCCGAGAAGGGCGAGGAAUGCUCCGUGGCCUGCUCAGACUUGGGGGUCUCUGGCAUAGAAGAGUUGCUAGGCUUCGGGGGGGUAGACGUGCAGGCCCUGCAGCUGGCCGACGAGCAGCCAGACGACAAGCAGCAAGAGGACAAGCAUAAUGAGGUCAAGCAGUACGAGGACAGCCAGAAGGAGGACGACGAUGGUAGGGAGACCAGUGCGCCCCUACCUCAGCCCAUGGGGGCCAGCUCUGCCCAGGUGGAGGAGGAUGAGGUCUGCCCCACCACGGACGAGGAGUUCCAGGCGCUGGCCGACCUGUACCUCGAGGGCGUCGAGCGCGACGGGAGCGAGCUCAGGGCUCGCUUCCAGACGCUUUGCGAGCGCCUCGGCAUCAAGAACGACUUCGAGGCAGUAAUCCCGGUCUUCUGCAACUACCUCGAGGCAUAG